AGGUGUGUCUAACGCUAGUUGAAUGAAGAUAUCGCUGCAUGAACUUCUGAUGCCAAGAUUAGUACGCCCUUUUCUUCGCAUUAUUAAGAAGAAGUCUAUAAAUCAUCCGAUUUCGAUGGUUUUUGCGGAUAAUAUUCAGCGGACCAAAUUAAUAAGUGUUGUCGCAAUUGAUACUACGCUAUUUCUGAAUGCGACUUACUUUUCAGAAAAAAUAAUAUACUAGCCUGUCGCCAACAAAGAUGCAAAGACAUGUCGCUUGAUCAGUCAUCUCGGUAGUGCGUUGCUUGCGUGAAGAGGCACGAUGGGCGGUGGCGGGAAGACCAAUAAGGUCGCCGUCAUUGACGGCCGCUAUGUGUCCAAAGGCAGCAAGGGCAAGAAAGGUGGAAAGGGGCAGGGGAAUUUCAUAGGCGGCGUUGGUAAAGCCGGCGACGGAAAGAAAAAGGGUGGCAAGAAAGGCGACGGAAAAAAGGGGAGCAAAAAGGGAGGCUUCGGUGGUUUUCGUGCCGAAGUGGACGACGAUGACGACGACGAACCGGUCGCGAGAACGAGAAGGAAACAGCCUGGCGAUGAAGAUGUCGACCUGGAAAGAAAAUUCGGCAUAUACGUCAUGAGAAGAGGCGAUAAAAGAACUGGGUAAGCAUACAUAAAAUAUAGCAAGAAACGCCUUUACCUCUUGCUUGAAGAGGAGCAAAAAGGCCGUUGUUGAUUUCAAGCAGUUAUAUAUUCGUUACAAUGCGGCUCUCCGGUACGCAACGACAUCCCUUGUAGCCCCCGACUAUCUAAUCUCUGCAUCGGCUUAUCAAUCUUUGCAUUCUUGUCCACACGAGUUAAGGGUUGAAGCAUUUCAUUGCUACACGCGCUUCUCCUUUAGAAUUGCUACUCAAACAUGAAUUGUCUCAACCUUCAAAUCAAGGUAUCUCUUCAAUAUGCGAGAAACCAUUCAUCGUGUUGAAUCGAGCGGAAGAGAGAUAGCCGGUCUCUUGCUCUACUGCAUUGCGCGAGACGGAAGCACCUUUCGAGCAACACAUCUUUAUCGUCCAUACUUCCUCGUACGGACAGUAAAAAACUGUCCGGACCGCGUUCUCGAGCUCAUUAGGAGCACGUUGCAAGACCAGUUCUCGACGAGUGAAACCGGCGUGAAGCAGGUACGAUGA